GGGGGAAACGAAAAAGGAGAUAAUAAAUUGUCGCAACUCACAACAAUGGAAAAGGAAAAUUAAGAAUGCGAAUUCAUUCAUUAUUACAUCAUUGAAACCUUGUAUGGCACAGAGAUGUCCAAGAUUAGUUCGUAACUUCGGAGCAGACAGAGGGGAGAGAAAGGCUAUGGUUGGAAGUCACGGUCGUCUCCGUCUUCAUCAACCUCUUUAGAUCCAUUCCAAGCAAACAAGACACAAACUUUUCAACCUCUAUUCUUCGUCACAAAUUCUCCAUUUUCUGGGACCUUACUGGGAUUGUUGAAUUGUCUUCUGGACGAAUGAACAGACUAUGAUUCUCUUGGGUUUUCUGCUCUGAAAUUCAAGGAGAGAGAGGAUAAACAGAGAUACCCAUGUCUGGGAAUUUGUUUCAAGUCCCGAUUCGGAGUUUGUCAGGGUCUCGAAUAGGUUGCAUUUUAAGUGCAGUGUUAUCUUGGAGAUAGAAAGGAAAGAGAAUAUGAGGGUGAGGAACAAAUACAGGAAACCAACUACUUUCCAUUGGAAUGCAGGAAGCAGAUGUUCAGUGUCUGUAUUGGUCUGGAGCUUGGUGGGGUUUCUCCUAAUGCUUCAUCUAUACUCUCUUGUUAGCCACAAAGGUAAGGUGGGUGGAGGGAUUAAAUUGCAUAUGAGACAUCAUCCGCUUGUCCAAGAACUUGAACACGUAGAGGAGGAGAAUAUUCAAAUUCCACCUCCAAAGGGGAAACGAUCUCCACGUGCUGCAAAAAGGAGACCAAAGCGAGCAACCACUCUAAUUGAUGAAUUUCUUGAUGAGAAUUCCCAAAUUCGGCAUGUUUUCUUUCCUGGUAUGAAAACUGCUAUAAAUCCAAUGAAUAAUGCAGGAAAUGAUAGCUUCUACUAUUAUCCAGGAAGAAUUUGGUUAGAUACUGAGGGAAAUCCUAUUCAUGCUCAUGGAGGAGGUAUUCUAUAUGAUGAAAGAUCUGGAACUUACUAUUGGUAUGGAGAAUAUAAAGAUGGACUUACCUACCAUGCUCAUAAAAGAGGAGCAGCACGGGUUGACAUCAUUGGGGUUGGUUGUUAUUCCUCCAAGGACUUAUGGACAUGGAAAAACGAGGGCAUUGUCUUGCCAGCAGAAGAGAGAAAUGAAACCCAUGAUCUCUACAAACUUAAUGUGCUUGAGCGGCCAAAAGUGAUUUACAACAAUAAGACUGGAAAAUAUGUAAUGUGGAUGCAUAUUGAUGAUACCAACUAUACCAAAGCAUCUGUAGGCAUUGCCAUUAGUGAUUACCCUACUGGUCCUUUUGAUUAUCUCCAUAGCAAAAGGCCCCAUGGAUUCGACAGCAGGGACAUGACAAUCUUCAAAGACAAUGAUGGUGUAGCAUAUCUCGUAUAUUCCUCUAUGGACAAUAGUGAACUUCACAUUGGACCACUAACAGAAGAUUAUCUGGAUGUGACAUCCAUCAUGAGAAGGAUUCUUGUUGGUCAUCACAGGGAAGCCCCAGCUCUCUUUAAGUAUCAGGGAACUUACUACAUGAUCACAUCAGGUUGCACUGGGUGGUCCCCAAAUGAAGCCCUGGCUCAUGCAGCUGAGUCAAUCAUGGGGCCAUGGGAGACACUGGGAAACCCAUGCAUAGGAGGAAACAAAAUGUUCAAGCUUGCAACAUUUUUCGCACAGAGUACCUAUGUGAUUCCUUUGCCAGGGAUUCCAGGUUCUUUCAUCUUCAUGGCAGAUCGGUGGAAUCCAGCUGACUUGCGGAACUCAAGAUAUGUAUGGUUACCAUUGAUAGUAGGAGGCCCUGCUGAUCGGCCUCUUGAAUUCAAUUUUGGAUUCCCAUUAUGGUCUAGGGUGUCGAUUUAUUGGCACAAGAAGUGGAGACUUCCCUCAGGAUGGAGAGCAUUGCAAUAAUUCAAGUUAACAUUUCUUACAGAGCUUAGUGUAUCAUAUAUUGAGGUUCCUCAUCUUUUCUCACUGGUUUUUUUUUUUUUUUUUUCUUGGUCUCUGUGAUUUGCCUAAGCCUAUUUUUUAGCUCACACCACAGAAUGACUUGCUGUACAAUUUCAAUCUCAGGCACUCCCAGUGAAUUUAUAGCACACCUCUUGCUUUUGCUUCUGAAGAAUGCAUAUGAAUUGUUCUGAUAAAAGAAUCGCUCAUUCUUGUCCACUGUUUGCACCUCGAUCGUGAGAAAUACAACAUAGAAAGUAUAUCUGCCUUGUUCAUAUACUUUGAUUCGGAAACCCAGUUUUAAGUACAAAAAUAUGUACUUUCUUGUUGAUUUCUAAUUUUAAUGAAAUUUUGAAAUAAAU